ACCCUGCGCGCGAACGGCGGUCUUCGGGCGCGCGCUCCCUGAAGCCCGACGAUCCCGUAGUACGCGAGGCUGGCGUGCGCUGCCCCGCGGCCCCGAGCGCGCGCCUCUCCGACUCCAGCUUCCCCGGCCAAGCUUGCUAUGGCUCCCGACCCGGUGCCGACCCCUGUCCCGGCCUCCGCCCAGCUCCGCCAAACGCGCUACUUUACAUGGGAGGAGGUAGCGCAGCGCUCCGGGCGGGAGAAGGAGCGAUGGCUGGUGAUCGACCGGAAGGUAUACAACAUCAGCGACUUCAGCCGCCGCCAUCCGGGGGGCUCCCGGGUCAUCAGCCACUACGCGGGUCAGGAUGCCACGGAUCCUUUUGUGGCAUUCCACAUCAACAAGGGCCUUGUGAGAAAGUAUAUGAACUCUCUUCUGAUUGGAGAGCUGGCUCCAGAGCAACCCAGCUUUGAACCCACCAAGAAUAAAGCGCUAAUUGAUGAGUUCCGGGAGCUGCGGGCUACAGUGGAGCGAAUGGGCCUCAUGAAGGCUAACCACCUCUUCUUCCUGGCCUACUUGCUGCACAUCCUGCUGCUGGAUGUGGCUGCCUGGCUCACUCUCUGGAUCUUUGGAACUUCCUUGGUGCCCUUCAUCCUCUGUGCAGUACUGCUCAGUACAGUUCAGGCCCAGGCAGGUUGGCUACAGCAUGACUUUGGGCACCUGUCAGUCUUCGGCACCUCAACAUGGAAUCACCUUCUACAUCAUUUUGUGAUUGGCCACCUGAAGGGGGCUCCCGCCAGCUGGUGGAACCACAUGCAUUUCCAGCACCAUGCCAAGCCCAACUGCUUCCGCAAAGACCCUGACAUCAACAUGCAUCCCCUCUUCUUCGCCCUGGGGAAGGUCCUCUCUGUGGAGCUUGGGAAAGAAAAGAAGAAGCACAUGCCAUACAACCAUCAGCACAAAUACUUCUUCCUGAUCGGACCCCCAGCCUUGUUGCCUCUCUACUUCCAGUGGUAUAUUUUCUAUUUUGUGGUUCAGCGGAAGAAAUGGGUGGACUUGGCCUGGAUGCUCAGCUUCUAUGCCCGUGUCUUCCUCACGUACACGCCCCUGCUGGGGCUGAAAGGCUUCCUGAGCCUUUUCUUCAUUGUCAGGUUCCUGGAAAGCAACUGGUUUGUGUGGGUGACACAGAUGAACCAUAUCCCCAUGCACAUCGAUCAUGACCGGAAUGUGGACUGGGUCUCCACCCAGCUGCAGGCCACCUGCAACGUUCACCAAUCAGCCUUCAACAACUGGUUCAGUGGCCACCUCAAUUUCCAGAUUGAACACCACCUCUUCCCCACCAUGCCUCGACACAACUACCACAAGGUGGCACCCCUAGUACAGUCACUGUGCGCCAAGUACGGCAUCAAGUAUGAGUCCAAGCCCCUGCUCACGGCCUUCGCGGACAUUGUUUACUCCCUGAAGGAGUCAGGGCAGCUCUGGCUGGAUGCUUACCUUCACCAAUAAGCAGCAGCAGACCUCCAUUUGGAGGAGGAAGAGGACAACUGGAGCCAAAGCAGGAGUUGGAGGGACAAUGCCACUACGAAUCUAAUGUUUAAAAGGUUAGGGAACAUAGAUACUUGUACUCACAUCUGCCCCCACCCCCUUUGCCUUCUGGGUACCAAACUUGAGGGAGGGGAGAACUGUUGGGGCAGGGAUGCAAAACGGUUGUUUCUUCUACUUUGGUGGGGGCAAAUGAUGGCACCUACAGAGCCCUGCAUGAAGUACGGACCCCACACUAGAUAUUCCCUCUUGUAAACUAUGAGCCCAUUUCCCUGGGCUAUCUGACUCUCCACCCUCCACGCUAAGUCUCCGAGGAACAGUGUGACCCCUUUGAACAAGAUUUAGAAAGAGGGCAUUCAUGCAUAGAAUUCUGAGGCCUGGCACAGCUCCCCGCCCAGGAGCUCGGCUUGCUGCUAAGCGCUGGGUGUGACCAGGUCUGCCUCCGGCUGCUGGGAGAAGCUGUUUUUCAGUUUCAGAAGCAGGCAGGACAAAGGCCAGGACUGUGGUUUGGGAAGCAUUUGGCCCUGGAAGAUCCUGGCACACACGAUUCUUGAGUCUCAUUCUAUCCAGGUUCCAGAGAGAACAUUAGAUCUUAGCUCUUAACAAAAUGGAUGACAGAUACUGGCCUUUAAAACUGUGUUGAUUCAUCUCUUCUAAUCAGUCCCCAAGGAAUACAUAAACAAAGAGUGAGGCCUUUCCUCCUACUGAACAAGACUCCCAUAGCUUCCUUUUGCUCCCCAGCCUGUAAUUCUAAGUUCAACAAAACAGUCAUUAACAAAAGUGACUGGGGCUUCCAUCAGAGUGUCAGGACCCAAAAUUCCUGUUCCCUUUGUCUGUUCCAGCAUUGUAUAGCACCGUUCCAUGUCACAGACAGAAAGGUUAGAAACACUGAGGUCUGUGAAUGUCACUGCUGCAGCGAGGCAGCUCCUCUGUCUACUCAUUCAAGUGUCUUAUUCUACUGGAUGCCAGAUAGAAAUCUAGGGUAACUUCUGACAAAGCGUGUUGGUCUAACAAUAAGAGAGGGUUUUGUAAUCUCCUGGUUGGUAAAAGGUAUGUUCCAGAGAACAUAGGAACAUGCCCGGAGAGACCCAACCUCCAUGUCCACUUUCCUGCUCUUGUUCCCCAAAUCCACGGGCAUUAUUUCGUUGUCUGCUCAAGAGAUUAUCCUGGAAGCAUGCUGACCAUGUCUGGAAAGAGAAAACCUUAAGCCUGAAGGCAAAGCGCAGCACGUUUGUGGCAAAAUCGCAGGUGGUCAAGAUGAGGGUGUUGCUGGGUGGUGGUGGCGCACGCCUUUAAUCCCAGCACUUGGGAGGCAGAGGCAGGCAGAUCUCUGAGUUUGAGGCCAGCCUGGUCUACAGAGUGAGUUCCAGGACAGCCAAGGAUAUGCAGAGAAACCCUGUCUAGAAAAAAAAAAAAAAAAAGAUGAGGGUGUUAGGGGAUGUUGGGCUAUGGUAUAGAGACAGGCAAGUAGCAGAAAAAGACAGAUCUUUCCCAGUGAUUGGCCCUGCUUGAAAACCUGUUUGAAGCAGGCUGCACCAGAAAAAUCAGGAUUAAAGAGUUCUUCUCAUAAAGAGUUCUUAAUGAGCUCCUUCCCUCCAUAAUAGGUGCACAUCCCUCCCCGUGCCCAUUUUCUGCCACCUGGGGUAAGGAUGUGGCACUACCAGUCUGUCUAGCCCACUGGCUUUGAGCCUUCAGCAGCCAGUCUGAGCAAAUACCAGUGAGCUCUGUUGUACCAAGACCAGGUCUUCAGAGCAUCUGAACCACUGUGGCCUUCUCUCCUCAGCCUUCACUGUGGCUUUUGCAUAGCCACGGGGGACACCGAGUGACAAGACUCAGAAUGUUACAGUGGUAAAGUGAGGUAUCUCAAAUCCACUAACAGAUAAGAAAACAGGGUUAGAGGGAAAGUCACCUCUGCUCAUGUAGAUAGUGGCAGAAUAUCUGAACUUAACUCUAGCUUCCAUGUCUGUCUUUAUUACCUUCAUCUUUAUACUUCCUGGCCACAGGCAUUUCACUUAACUGAGCCUAAUGUCAGUAUCUGUGUGUGCCAAUGUUGUUACCACAUCCUGAUGAAGCUAAAAAAUAAAAUUUAAUUUGGACCAAAA